CCCGCGCGCGACCUCGCGAUCGCUCUCUCGGACGUUAUGGGUGGCGCCCAGGGCUCCGACAGCAAGCUGCAGGCGACCAUCAAGCGCCUCCAUGAGGCGGCGGGCUUGGAUACAGGCAAUGGCGAACGGUUGGAGGACAAUCCAGUAAUUAAGAAAAUGAAGGCAGAGUUCGCGGAGAUGCAGGGACACAUCAAGAACCAUGGCGAUCAGCUCGCCAGCAUCCAGCAGUCCGCCUCUACCACAUCAGAUGAUGUAAGUGCGCUUCGUAGCUUGCUCGAGGGCAACUUCGGCGGCCAUGGUGGUAAAGGCAGUUGGAAUGCUCCUAACGGUAAGGGUCUCGGCAAAGGUCAAGAUCACGGUGGUCCUCCGGCAGGUGUGCAGGACGUCCACGAGAACGGGCCCGUCAUGUGCAACAUGAUGACUAAGCAGACGCACGAGACCGCUCUAUCGUUCAUUGGUGUGUCGAAAGAUCGUGCUGAUGUAUCGUCUUGGGCUCAGACAGUUCCCGAAGGUGGACUUCCCUACUUGGCCUGGUGGACGGAGAUCGGCAAGAAGAAGGGGCUCGACCAGUGGCGCCGUAAGCUCAAGUCGCUCGGUGCCAGCGACGCGCAGGUGGACGGCAAAGAUUUGGCGGUCCUGGGCACGCUCUUGUUUCAGCUUCUCGACAAGGACGGGGAGUGGGCGGAUACCGCCAUGCAGCAGGCGCCUCCCGCAGCAUGA